CUCACUCCUCCCUUGCCCUCAUUGUCUCCUCCCGUGUGCGAUCGAGUGGAGGGAGGUGCUCAGCUGGGAACACAGAGAGAGAGAGAGACACCAGCUCUGAGGGAGAGAACACAAACACACACACACAAUAUGAGAGACAUGGGAGUCUGAUCAGAGCUGGAAUGGGUCGUUCUGUGCUGUAGGUUGCUCCGCAGGCCUGUUUCUGGAGGGAAACAGAGGGGCUGGACACAGGAGACGGACACAGGAAUUCCAGGUCACAAGGGCUCCUGUGGCAAAGCAGUCUCGGCUGGGUUGGGCCGGGCUGGUAUUCCAACCUCUCACGGCCAUGAGUGUGACAGCAGAGUAAGAAAUAUUAAGAAAAAGAGUGUGGUAAGUUAUAUAUUGGGGAAACUAAGAGGCUGACCUGACCCCCCUCAGGAUGGGAUCCUCUGUGGAGUUUGCCUGUUUGCUGCUGGUGGUUUCCACUCUGGGAAAGAUGGUUUCUGGGGGUUGUUUGGGAAAAUGCUGCCGGGGCAGAGACUUGAGCUGUCUGACCACCGACUGGAGGAUGGACCGCGUGUAUGGGACAUGCUACUGCGACGAGAGCUGCGUCAGGACCAAGGACUGCUGCUUCGACUACUUCACAGAGUGCCCAGCUCGGGACUGCGCUGUGAGCGACUGGAGCUUUUGGAGCGGCUGCGCCAAGCCCUGCCAGCCCUCUGUGCGGGUCCGUGUCCGUCACAUAGAGCAGCAGCCCACUCACAGCGGAGAGCCCUGUCCCAGCCUGGAGCAACGAAGCGGCUGCAGGGAGUACAGAGACCACCAGGGCGGUCACUGUGGACUCAACUCAGGUCCAGCAUUCAUCACCAGCAUGGAGUUUGGCAAGGGAAGGCCCAGGCAUGACCACUAUGGAAAUCCCCUACAAGCCGGGUUCUGUGUGGAAUUCACACUGGAGUCCCGGACACCCCACUGUACGGUGGAGAACCGGCCACACACACACUGGAUGCGCUACAUAACAGAAGGCUUCAAAGUGUGUGUGGCAUGUGAACCUCCCGCCAUGCGAAACAAUAGUGGCAGCUGCCAAGGAGACGGUCUGGAAUCAGACAAAGAAGCUUUGCUCCACUGGCAGGCGGUGGGGAACCAUCAGUGCAGCGGGACAUGGAAGAAGAUCGAGAAAACCCAGCAGUGCAACUGUCCACCACAACACAGCUUCGUCUUCAUCUGAUCCAAACACAGCACCACAGAACUUUCUCUGAUCUGGUGUCCACAAUAACAUUUCACAGCCAAGCUCCCCUUCAACAGCGAGACUGAAAUACCGUGAUCAGAUCAGACGCUUCAAUACUGCAGGCUUUCAACACUAAAAAAGACUCAACGGUGGUGCAAUGCAAUUAUGUCUCUAAUAAAUAUGCUACACACUGAUAUAAAAUGCAUGUUCAACUCACUGCAGUCACCAUGCACAUUUACAUUCUGUGUAUCUUUGCAGCACACAAUGUAACUUGUACAGUAUUUCACCUUUUUUUUAGUCCACAUUAAGCACCUAUCAAAGUUCAUUUUGC